AUGUCGCCCGAAACCGCUGGUGCCUUGCCGAAGAUUGGAGACGAGUGCAGGAUCACCUUUGGGAAGAGCGUACAGACACGCAUCCGCGCCAUGGGCUCCGUGGAUAGCAACGACUCGGUGGCUAUAUGCAAACAUAUCGUUGGGGGCUACCGUCGAGCCCAGUCCGGAUCUGGAAUAGGCCUUGUCGACGUUGGCCAACAAGAUGUGGUCAAUUCCGACAUCUUCCAAGCCGUUCUCGAGACUGUUCUGCCUGAAGAUGCCGACGCUCAGUUAACUCAGUACGUCAAGGACAUUGUCUCGGCCAGUGCGUCUCACGACAAUCAGGCGUUCGUUACGGACUUGGUGGCAAGGGUCAAAUACAUGCGUCUCCGCCUGCCGAGCGAAGUCGAGCUCAGUGGCAGCAGCUCGUCUUCCUGGCAAGCCAUGCGGACCACGCCGCCGGAGGGAUCUUCAUACCAGAACGCCUACUUUGUCGUUUGGGUCCCUCAGCAGAAUGAUAUUGAGCCUGGAAGGCGCCCGAUUCCGGUUAAGGUCACCUUCCCAUGGGCGACGACGACGACGACAACGGCGACGACGGCGACGACGGCGACGACGGCGACGGACGACAAGGUCGAGGAGCAAUCCAUCGAGGACCCAAGGAUGGAGCAUAGAGUUCUUGGUAUUGUCGUCGAUGAGUUCGAUGCCACAGCCCACAUGGAGAUGAAGGCAGUGUCGGCAAUGGCGACAGCUAGCAAAGGCAGCAAUCUUGAAGUCCGGUGGUCCUACGCUCUGCAGUUCAACCCAGCUGUUUUGCCGCAAUAUCAUCCCAUGAAAUGCGUCAAUUUCCACGAACGCUUCCCCGAACUCAAGAAUAUUCGCUUUCCAGACGACGAAAAUCCGCAACACGAGCUUUUGAGUCGUCUCCGGAAUGUCCCUGGAGGCAUCGCCAUGUACACUGGGGGUCCCGGGUCAGGCAAGACUACUUUCGCCGCCCUCAUCGCUGCUGCAGUCACCAAAGGUCCCUCAAGAGAACGGGUGGUCUGGACGGUACACAGCAACGAGCUUUGCGACGAUGCUCUUCGUUUCUUGAAGGAAAAGUGCGGAAAGGAUGUGCGCGUUGGUCGCCUACCCUACUACCGCAGUAUGGUAGAUGCACUUAGCGACCAUCGUCUUGCCAGAGAUGGCAACACGGGCACAUCCACAAUUCGCUGGGGAGAUGAUGUCUCCAAGCACAUCAAUUCUUUCCUUUCUCAUGCAAGCGACACUAAAGGCGACCUCGACAUGAUCCGCUCCCCCGACUCAGUUGCAUCCAAGGCUAUCAACCUAGCCACGCAGCACCCCGACAAGUUCCCCGAUUUCUGGAGAGAGAUGCCAGGCAACGUUGACUGGCAAAAGGCCUGUCGCCAGAUCAUAGUCACGGCCAUUGACAGCUUCGAUGUCCUCGUCGGAACGCCCUUCGCCAUGGGACAGCUGAAGGACACCGCCAAGGUAGUGCUUCCCAAACGCCAAGCUGUCGAAUGGAAACCUGCACUCGCCAUCAUUGACGAAGCCGGCCGUAUCCCAGAAAGCCAGUGGUGGAUUCCUCUGGUAUCGUUCCCCGAUGCCUUGGUACUGAGUAUGGGCGACACCGCUCAGUUCAAGCCCUUGUCUAUCAGUACGAACACAGCUUUUGAGCAUGCCAGAGGUCGCACGGAAUGGCUGUGCGUCUUUGGACAACAGCGCAACCUGUCGAUCUUGAAGCGGGCAGAGAUGUGCGGGCAGGUUCUUGCUCACCUUUCCAAUAAUCGCAGGAACCGCGGCGACAUUGCUGUGUGGGCGAACAACAACAUCUACCCCGGCAAGAUGCACAUCGUCUACCCUCUCUCAGUCGACCCGAAGGCGCAGAUCUACCAGCGUUUUAUGCGCUGGAUGAUGGACCCGAGCCCUAACAUGGGAUUUUCGAACACUUUGGUGUACGACAUCCGCAGCACCCUGUCUAUCAAGCACGGCACAGGCUACAUCAAUAUUGGCAACCGCAAUUGCGCCCUCUGGAUUGCCUACAACGCAUUUCAGUACGGCCUGCCGAACCUCCGCACCACAGGAAAACUCGCCGAGAUUAUGAUCCUCACGCCCUACUCAGCUCAGCUCCACGCCUAUCGCGAUGAGAUAGCCAGAAUGACAUCCUCGGGGAUCAUAAAGAGCAAGAUCACAGUCCGAACUAUCGACAACUCGAUGAGUGCCGAGGCAGAUCUCGUCAUCUUCGACUCUGUCCGCGCCAAAGACAUCUCGGGCUUUCUCAACGAUCGGAAUCGCAUGGCAGUGGCAUCGACCCGUGCUCGCGGCGGAGCCAUAAUGCUUGCUAAUAUGGAGGCUCUGGACAGAGAGAAGAGCAGAACCGAGGGCGAUGGCACGUUCAAUCUGUACGCAAACUUUCACCGGGACCGAAACCUCUCGGUCCUGACCAAUAAACCGUGGGGGAAGAUCUGCAGGCGCUGCAACAGGCCUUGCCAGGAGAGUGGGCACGUUUGUGCUAUCAGAGACCGUCGCUGCCGCUUUUGCAAGAGCGAUCAGCAUCAUGAGCGCUUCUGCCCGCGAGGAAAGCCCGCUCGUGACUAUUACUAUGAUGGCAUGCACCCGAAGGGAAAGGAGCCUGACAGGAGAUUGUUGUGA